AUGCAAGACGACAUUGCGGAUCACGUCAAAAGCUGCCUAGAUUGCCAACAACGCAAUAUGGAUCCACGCCAUAUGACUGUGGAACCACUAGGUACUUUUAUAAUACCGACAAAGCCUUUUGCUAGGAUCCACAUGGAUAUUAUGGGACCCUUCCCUAUUUCUCGCCAAGACAAUACCCAUGUACUGUCAAUCCAGGACUCAUUCACCAAAUUUGCCGUUGCUAUUGCCGUCCCGAACAUCACUGCCGAAGUCGUCAUUGACCGCUUUCUACGCCACUUUGUCUAUACAUUUGGACCACCCGCCCGACUCAUCACUGACAGAGGAUCCAAUUUCAUGUCUACCAAAUUCCAAAACAUGUGCAAAACAGUUGGAAUCAAGCAUGAACCGACUCUUCCUCACCAGAAGAAUUCGAAUGGACAAGUUGAGAGACUUC